AUGGCGCUGGAGUGGGUGGUGCUCGGGUACGCGGCGGGCGCGGAGGCCAUCAUGCUGCUGCUGCUGACGCUGCCGGGGCUCGACGCGCUCCGGCGCGGGAUGAUCUCCGUCGUGCGCAGCGCGCUCAAGCCGAUGAUGUCGGUGGUGCCCUUCUGCCUCUUCCUGCUCAUGGACAUCUACUGGAAGUACGAGAUGCGGCCCACCUGCGACGACGAGCACGCCUGCACCCCCUCCGAGCACCUCCGCCACCAGAAGUCCAUCAUGAAGUCCCAGCGCAACGCCCUCCUCAUCGCCGCCGCGCUGCUCCUCUACUGGAUCCUCUUCUCCGUCACCUCCCUCGUCGUCAAGCUCGACCACCUCCAGCAGCGCGUCGACAAGCUCAAGAAGCGCGACGACUGA